AUGGAGUCUGCAGCAGCGGAAGCCCUGCCAUUGAGGAGGGGAUCCACAACAAUAGUCGAGCAGCAGCAGGAGCAGCAGGAGCAGCAGGAGCACCCAGCCAAAGAGAACCACAAAGAUGAGGAAGUAAAGCAGCAGGAGAUGCAGCAACAAGUGCAGGAUCAGGAACAGGAGGAGCAGCGGCAACAGGAUCAGCAGGAGCAGCAGCAGAAGAAGCAGGCAGAGCAGCCGGAGCAUCCGGCGGUGGCCGCAACAGCUCCGGCUUCGUCCUCUCUGCAUCCGCUGCGCAGCCAACGGACAGUCAAGUUUGAAGAUAACAGCAGCAGCAACAACAACAACAGCAGCGGCAGCAGCGGCGGCAGCAGCAGCAGCAGCAGCUCACUGGUUGACGGGACGUUAACACGAGGAAGCACAGGGCGUCUGCAGCCUGUGGGGUCUCGAGUGUAUACGGAGAUCCCUAAGCCAAGCCAAGAGGCAGUUGGUGCUGCUUUAAAGUCUUUGGAAUCUUCCGCCCUCAUAAGGAGACAAUCAGCAGCAGCAGCAGCAGCAGCAGCAGCACCAGCCCCAGCAGACAAUCACACACAAACCCUAGACACCCCACAGACUGCGCCUUCUAAGGACCUAAGCGGAUUCUACCAGAAACUUCUUGGGGAGGAUUGGGAGGAGCAGCUGCAGCAGAUCGACUCACAGCAAAUUGAAGAUGUCUUUGCCGAGGAGCCUGUGGGCCACAGCGACAGCGCGGAUUUAGCUGCUGCCGCCUCUGAGAAUUAUGGGGGGAAAUUUAGACAAAGAAUUCGAAGGAGAGACAGACAGCGCAAACAAGAUAUCAGCGACGAGGUGGCGGAUCAUCUGCAAGUGGCGGAUGAUGAGCCUCUCAUCACAGCAGAAGAGAUUGCGGAGAUUCGUGAGAGCGCUUGGCAGCCUGCAGGGGAUAAUAUUCCCCCUUUAAGUUCUUUAAGAUUAGGUUACCAUCAAGCAUGGGAUGUGGGGAAGAGGGGAUGCUUAGCAGCAAAGCUAAGUCUCCUAUGGAGCCCAGCAAUUACUGCUUCUCGCCUACGAUUCUUUGUUAUGGACGGGACAGAUCCCGAGGCUUUCUUAACAUACUACAGCAAGUCGGACUUGCAAGCAGCUCGCGGUUUGAGCGCGGAGAAGUUGGGAGCGAUCAGUGCGUGGGAUUUGUUAGAUGGGCAUUGGAGUUAUUCUAAGACAAAAGUUUUCUUUAAGAGAUCUGUUAAUAAAUAUAGUAGUAAAAAUAAAAAUAAGAAUAAUGAUGACUAUAAUGAUAAUAAUGAAAAGGGAGGGAAGAGUAAUCAUAAGGUCAAGGAUUGCGUCUUACAAAACUUCUCUCCAGAAUUCUUUGAUGCUAUGCUCGUCUGUCUAUGGGAAAUGGAGACACAAGUAAAACUCGAGCAGUUAAAGCGGCAGAGGAGACAGGAAAGAAAGAAGAGCCGCUUAUCAGGCGCAAGCUCCACAGCAGAGGCAGCAGCAGAAGCAGCAGCCGCAGCGGGAAGAGGGGGCCGUCUGUCUGCUGCUGUUGUUUCUUACAACCCCGACAGCAGUGCGCUGCCCUUGCCAGCUUCCCGGGGGAGCAACAAAAAGGGAGCAGCAGGAAAGGGGGGCCGCAAGGGCACCUCCAGGUUACGGAGAUCCAUUGUAGAACGUUUUAUAAUGGACUUGCGGAGUCUUUGUGAAAAAGGCGUAGAACAAAAAUGGGUAGAAGAAAGAUUGAAAAAACAGAGAGAAAAAAUGAAGCAAAAUAAAAUACAAAUUCCUGAUCAAUAUGGUGCAGCAGCAACAGUAGCAGCAGCAGGAGCAGCAGAACAAGCAACUGCAGAAGAAGGUGCUUCUGCACCAGAACAUACACCUGCAGCAGAACACACACCUGCAGCAGAGGAUACACAGGCAACAGAACAUACACAUGCAGCAGAAGAGAUACCUGAAGCAGAACAAACACCUGCGGCAGAACAUACACUUGCAACAGAAGAUACACCUGCUGUAGCAGCAGCUGCUCCAGCGGCAGCAGAACCAUCAGGAGCAACAGCAGCACCAUCAGCGGCAGCACCACCAGCAGCAGCACCGUCAACAGCAGCAGUACCAGCAUCUCCACCAACAGCAGCGGCGCCAGAAGCAGCAGUGCCGGCUGCACCACCAAUAGCAGCACCACCAACAGCAGCACCACCAACAGCAGCCGCAGCACCAGCACAACCUGCAGCACCAGCAACACCGGCGGCAGCCGAGGCACCCUCAGAAGAAGCACCGGGAGUUACCAAAGCUCCGACAGACAAUGAGGCAACAGCAGCAGCACCAGCAACAGCAGCUGCUCCUGUGACUGCAGCAGCAGCAGCGGAGGGGGGGCUCUCAUCAUCGCAUGCCAAAGAAGAACAGGGACAGCUGCUGUCUCCAAAGAGACAAAAUGACACCAGCAACGUUGCAACAGAAGCAACAGCAGCAGAAGUGUCUCCUCUUACGCAACAAGAGACUGCUCAAGCUAGCUCCGGGUAG